AUGUAAAAAGGACCAUUAUCCACUCUCUCGUUCAGAAAGAACAUCCAUGUUGUAGUCAUCCAUGCUUUUGUCAGUAUUGCUUUAAGAAAGGCGGGGAUAGGAGGCUGUUCCAGCAUUAUCGUGUAGGAAGAGGGCCACAUAGGCUGUUAUUGUUAUUGAGUAUGAAAGAAAAAGGACUUAACUUCCAAGGGAUGGAAAUAUUGUCAUCUUCACACCCAGUUUGACUACUCUGCCGAUUUGGGCAUGCGCACUGCAUCGGUUCUACUGGGGACGGGAAGACAUCACGGAAAACUCGCUGUACCCGAACCCCACGCUGAGAUUCAGUCUUGGUUGCUGUGUACCACGACUACCGAGUACCAUGUUUGAUACAUCGUUGAAGUCGGGGACUACUUGACACCCUGGCGAGUUAAGUCGUCGCAAAACCGUUAAAAUACCGUAUGGGAACAGUAUGCGGGAAAUGGUUGGAGGUUGCUGCGUGUGUUCCGAUGAGCGAGGCUGGGCUGAGAAUCCUCUUGUGUACUGUGAUGGGCACGGGUGCAGCGUUGCUGUGCACCAGGCAUGCUAUGGCAUCGUCCAGGUACCUACUGGACCAUGGUUCUGUAGGAAGUGUGAGUCUCAGGAGAGAGCUGCAAGAGUGAGAUGUGAGCUGUGCCCCCACAAAGAUGGCGCCCUCAAGAGGACAGACAGUGGAGGCUGGGCCCAUGUGGUGUGUGCACUCUACAUACCUGAAGUACAGUUUGCCAACGUUCUCACCAUGGAGCCCAUCGUCUUGCAGUACGUCCCUCACGAGAGAUACAUCAAGACGUGUUACAUCUGCGAAGACCACGGGAGGGAGAGCAAGGCCGCCUGCGGAGCCUGCAUGACCUGCAACCGCCAGGGCUGUCGACAGGCCUUCCACGUCACCUGUGCCCAGAUGGCCGGCCUGCUGUGCGAAGAGGAAGGCCCCGAGGCCGACAAUGUCAAGUACUGUGGCUACUGCAAACACCACUACAGCAAGAUGCAGAAAAAGAUGCGCUCCAGCGGGGAGAACGCAGAACGCAGUUCCUUCAGCCAUUCUAGGGGGCACUCCGCGUCCCCUGCCCAGGAAAAACACGGCUCCCACCACCACAGACCCAGGAAGAGUCACAAGGACAAGAUGAGGCAGAAAGAGUGGCAUAAGAAGUCCUCUGACGGUCUGGGGUCGGCACUCACCAGCAGCGUGGACAAGUUGUCGUCUGGUCACCACAGCACCAAGGAAAACGAGGGCAAGCUGAAAAAGCCGAGCUCUCACAGCCAGCUGGGUCACCGCAGUAAGAAGAUAGGAAGCAUUGGCAAGAGCUGCUCCUCUUCUUCCUGCUCCUCCAGUCCUUUCAACACAGGCGGCGGCUCCCUGUCCUCAGCUCAAGACUUCCUCUCUUUUUCCUCAUCCUCUCGCCUGGAGCGUGACCACGACCGAGGAGGGGAUGAGCACGGAGACGAGGAGCACCGCAGUGAGCGGACCCGACGAAGAGCGCCGGAGGAAAAUGACGACGAGGAGGAGGAGGAAAAGGAAGAGGAGAAAGAGGACGAUGAAGAAGAAGAGGAAGCAGACACCAGCAAAUACCACAAGAAGGCUUCUUUGCAGCCCCCAGCCCUGACCCCCAUUGAUGGCCUCCACGGAGGGUCGUCGAAGGGUCAUGAGAGGUCAGAGGGCGAGGCCAGCUCCUUCGAGACCAAAGUCACCAUCUCCACCUUUGGGUCUAUCAUGCGCAUCACUUCAUCUUCGGGAGGGCUUGGCGGCUCCAGCACCAAGCUGCGCAAAAUCUCCUCUUCCUCGGGGGACCACAAGCCUUCCAAGGCCCUGUCCAAGCCCCCGCACCUAACCACACCCCCUAUAUUGGAGGAGGCGGACCUAGAUGAGAGCCGGGCCACGCCCCCGCCCCCGCUGCCCCACAGGGAGAGGAGGCACCGCGGCAACAAGAAGAGCCGCCACGGACCGGGUCGCCCACGGGGGAGCAAGAACCGGGACAGGACGGAGAGGAGGGAUGAGGAGCACCACCACCACUAUCACCACACGACCCCCCCUCACCCCCUGACAUCCUCCUCCUCGCACUUCCCCGGCUCCCCCAGCCUCCCGCACACGGCGCACUCCUCCACCCUGCCCACCUCCUCCCUCUCCUCGUCCUCCUUCCCCUCCUCCUCCACGUCCUGUAGCGUCAGCUUCUCCACAGGCCGCGGUAACACCGCGCUCGGCUCCGGAAUCUAUACUAGUCAGAAGGAGCAUCUCUCUUUGGGCGGGGGCAUCUGUAGCAGCCCUUUGUCUUUGGGCGGGGGCAUCAGUAACAGCCCGUUGUCUUUGGGCGGGGGCAUCUGUAGCAGCCCGUUGUCUUUGGGCGGGGGCAUCAGUAGCACUGCUCUCUCUUCAGCCCUCCUGCCAUCGCAUGUCUCCACACUGUCACUUCAAGCAGUCAACUCUGCCCCCAACAUGCAGUUGCACCCAUGUUCCAGCUCUUCCUUUGGUCUGAGCUCCUCUCAUCCCUUUGGCCUCUCCAAUGCUUCUGCGCUACUGAACCACACCCAGACACUGCCAGAGUCCAACAUGGACGACUGUCGCUUCCCAUGUCAGGGCAACUCACCGCGGGAAAGUCUCUCUUCGCAGUCUCCCAUGAGUAGUCUGCCCCUGCUGUUUGACCAGAGGGAAGGCGUGGGACCCGGGGUUGGCGGCCGCCCAGAGAACGUCCCUCUGUCCAGCUCGCACAUAGAGCUCCUCCUGGAGAAGCACAGCAACGGAGAGAUGGGAGCCAACAUUGUGGAGAUGCUUCAGUCGCUCCACUCGCUGCAGCAGGAGAACCAGCGUCUCCAGGACCAGAUCCUCAGCCUGACGGCCAAGAAGGAGCGUCUGCAGCUCCUCAACGUGGAGCUGGCCGUGCCGUUCCCCCCGCAGACCCACCGAUCCGCCCAGGGCUUUGCCCCCGCCACCACCCACAACAGUUUCCUGUCCUCGGCACACGACCCCCUCAGCAGCAACAAGAGUCCCCUGUCCAAAAGCUGCUUCCUGAAUGAUACCUCCUUCAUCACCUCAUCUGAGGAGCUCCACUCUGGUAGUCCCUCCCGCAGUAGCUCCUCCCUCUCCUUCCAGAGCACCCCGCCGCCUCAGCAGAGCCCCGGCUCCUUCAACCAACCCCUACUGAACGGCCUGGGUGGGCGGGGUUUGACCGACAGCCUGGGGGGUCAGACUGGCAGCUCCGUGGUGGGCGGGCUCAUGGCGUCCCUGGCAGGAAGUCCCCAGCUGAAUAUGAACGGCUCGCUUGGCAGCCUGAACGGGGUGAUCCAGUUGCCUGGCCAGAACGCCCCCCAGCCCCCCCUGCCCGCCCUGCGGCCCCAGCCUCCCCCUCUUAGCCAGGCCUUGACGCAAGGCCUGCAGCUCCCCAAGAGCAUGAGCCCGUCCUCUCUCCUGUCUGAGCAGCAGAAGCAGCAGCAGCAGCUGCAACAGUUCCUUGCCUCGCAGCACUUUACACCGGAACAGCAGGCGGUGGUCUACCAGAUGCUCCAGCAGCAGAGACAGAGGGAGCUGCAGCGCCUCACCCCCACCGCCCAGUCCCCCAACCUGGGGGCCUCACCCCUGCAGAGCAGUCAGGGAAACGCCCUUUUCGGCCUGCAGGAGAAUGCCCUUCACAAGCCUGGGGGGAUGGGAGAGAAGGGCAGUGACAAGAAUAGCUAACCUGGCUACUUCACGUCUGUAACUGGCGCGGCCAUGACAGCAGCUAUAGCACGGGGAAAGAAAGGUCAUUGAGCUGUUCCAUCAAAAACUAAGGUCACCUUUUAUCCUCAUCUGAAAGACUCUGAAACUCUUCUACCGUUUGUCUUUUUCCCUUUUUUGAAUGUAUAAUGGCACAGACUUCCUCGGUUAUGUUUUUAUUUCAUGCUUUGAUUUUCUUCUAUUUGAAUGAUUGUUUCUUAUAGGUGUGGGUUGAUUGUGUGUGCGCAUGUAUGUGUGUGUGCGUGUGCGCUCAUGCAUGCGCGUGUGUGUGUGUGUAUAGGCAGCUUUCAGAGAACAUGAAUACAGUGGUCUCUAAUUGAAUUGCACUAAUUUGUUAAAUAGACCAAUGGCAUUCCCUGUUGUAGCAGAGACUGGUCCGGGUUUUAUAUGGUCCAGCAUAGGACUUGGAAAUGCUAAAUCAACCGCUACUCCUGAGGCACUUCCCGUCGAUACGUUUUCCACGCAGUCACUCAGAAGGCAAUCACCACAUCACUUUAAACUACAACGCCCAGAGACCUUCCCGGAAUGCCUGUGGGUAGGACUAACUGUUGACCUGGAAAUAAGUGUGAGUGUUUUGGGUCAAAAUGUCCUUAGACCACCACAGAUCCCUUCACUCUGAUCCCCCAUUGAAGCGAUGAGGCCCUCAUGGAAAUUAUGGAUCCCUCCAAAUGUACUUAUUGAGGAUCAGUUAUUUGCCCUCUCUCUAAACCUCAACUGUCUUCCUCAAGGUCUGUCUUCCUUUCGCUUUCUCCCCUCCCAUGUUUUGUUCAACUACAAUAUUAUUUUCCUGUUGUAUUAUUACCAUGGCUACGGGCUGGCACCAAGUUAUCUGGGGACUGGUGUUGAAAGUGUAGAGUGCCAGCUAUGCCACAGUCCACCACAGAAAUUAUAGAGAAUUUAUUAUUUUUAUUAUUCGUGCUGAUGCCGAGAUUAAUCAAACAAAACCAAACAUUUGAAAAUUGUAAACAUUUAAUAUGUUACAAACUCAUAUUUUUUCCUCAACCCAUGUGCAAAGCAAAUUAGCCAACAACAUUUGGUACUUUCUAUUACUAGACUACUUGUAACAGACCUGUUAGUGACGGAUUUAGUAUGAAUAUUUUGCACUAUAUGCUGAAGUGUUAGUGUUUCAUAUUUGUUUCGGUUGUACAUAUUGUUGUUUUAAUACCUGGAAACGAGUUGUUCUUUUAGCAAUACUGUAUAGUCGUCAAUGCCUUAAUAAUUAUUCUAGUAACUGAGGAAGAACCACAAGCUAAUUAGCCCCAAGGCAGGUUAUCUUCUUUUCUUAGUUUUUUAGUCUUGUUUUUGUACUGGGUACAUUAAAUGUUGUUCCAGAUUUAGGUUAAAGCACUCUUUUAAAUCUUAACAUUUAUACCUUUGAUAGGCAGUUAUAAUGUCAACAAUAGUAAAGUGAACGUCUUUUGAUAAGUCUCUGAUGAGUAAUCUGUAUUUGUCUUAAGAUGCUGUUCAAUGUUCUGGUAUUUAGAAGAAUAGACCAUAAUAGAUGGUGUAACUAUUUUGUCAUAAGAUCUACAUAAUGUUGUCACAGUAACAACCCAGAAGUCAUUCACAGCAUUUGUGACUACGUUCCUAAAACAACCAUGACUCAGCUCAUUAGUGCUUCAUCAGGUUAAUGUUAAGUCAGUUGUCAACAGCUGUUAUUGUCAUUAUUAUUAUUAUUAUUAUUAUUGUUUUUAUAUAUGACGUCCUGUGACAUCAGUUACAUUAUUCUAAUGACAGAAUUAUGUAUGCCUUACGACUGAGAUUAUGAUAUCGUUAUACAGGUUACCAUGCAGAACACAUAGGCAACUCUGGAUGUUUUUUGUUACUUUUUUUUACUGUAUGCUGCUCAUCUUUUUUCUUGUGUGGCACAUAACAGGUCCUUCUCUGGUGGGGUCAAGCUCCUUGACUUACAUAGGCCGUUCUCCCAUGGUUUUUUAAACUCACUGUUUGGCUGAAUUUAGGCUAUUUGUUGUGUUACCUUUUAUUUUAUUAUUUCCUCUUUUAGCUUUGGUAAAAAAAUUAUUUCCAAGUGUGUUUUGGUUCUCUGUUUGCAACAUCUAUAUAGACCUCCCGUACAUGUGAUAUCGGUAAGUAUUAGAACUGUUCUGUUUUUGUAGAUAGUUGUCAGUGAGGGACUUUCAGUGUUGCUAGUUGGUAACAUACUGUAGUGACACAGCUAUAGGACAUGAUAACGUUGAUAAUCCAUGAGCCUAUUAGUCUAUCUUGACUUCCAAAGGAGGUCUGCAGUUGACCAAGUAUGUCCUUAUGAGUUGUUGUACGAUUAAGGUAGAAAUAUAAGAAAUGACACGUCCAAGAGAUUGUUUUGACUGAAAGAGUGCCGCAGAGGAAUCUUAAGGGGAUAUCUUUCCCAUGUUGCACUGGGGCAGUUUGGCCCAAUAAAAUGUUAAUCUUUAAUUUUAUACCUUUUUUUUAUAUAUAAGUACAACUUGUAUAUUUAAAUGUGUUUGUGUACAGACACAUUGGUUUUCUAAACUUUGAUGUUUAGAUAACCAGGAUGAUCUCUUUUAUUAUGUAAUGUAUGUUUUGUGUAUCUUUUAUGUAUUGCAGCAUAUUUAAGCACCUCUUUCUCAAUGAAGUUUGAUGAAAAUGGAACUAACUUCAUGGGACAUAAAAUGCAUGAAAUGCAGUGAAGUCUCUCAAAUCAGUAGCUAAAUACCAAGUUAGACUAUGCAUCAUUUUUAAAUGCAUUGUUUUUAAAAAAAUAUAUAAAAAUUGCAUUUUGAAUGACCACUGCAUAAAAAAAAGGAUAAGCUUUGUUGUCAUUGUACAGAGAGAAUUAAUCAGAAAGGAAUCAGUAGAUAUUAAGAUUUAAUGCCCUGUAAAGUAUUUUGAUAUUUUUGUGUAAAAAUUAAAAGGAAACAAUGAAGUCGACUGAACUUUUACUGUCAAUAAAUGUAUUUUACUGAG